UCAAAUGACAACGUGAUAUGACGAAUAUAUCGAAUUUCAUUAUCCACUCGCUGUAUCGGAACGUGAGGAAAAAUCAGGUUUGAUAGGCAUGACCAACAGUCAUUAAUAAGUAAGAAAGAAAGAAAAAUGGUCGGCGACGCGCAAAAUCAGAUGAACACGGAGCUCAUUGCAUGGGUCGAUUCUAUUCCCUUCUCAAAACCUACAAAAAAUCUGACAAAGGAUUUCUCGGAUGCAGUUCUCGUAGCGGAGAUCUUGAAACUGUAUUAUCCGCGAUACGUCGAAUUACAUAAUUAUAUUCCGGUGAAUAACUUGAAUAUGAAGAUUGAAAACUGGAACACCUUGAACCGCAAAGUUCUUGUGAAGAUCGACAUGAAAUUAAACAAAAAGACAAUCUAUCACUUAGCGAGUGGAUCUCAAGGCACUAUUGAAAAGCUAUUAUUAGAGCUAAGAGCAAAGAUCUUGAAGGAUGACGAAAAGUUACAUAAGGAAAGACUUAUGAAGCAUAAUAUAGAAAGCACUGAAGCACAGCUAUCAAAGGAAAAAAUUAUAGUUAAUUUGCCGCACAAUGGACAACCUAAUUUGUUAGAGGAGAACUCAAAGGCCAAGACUAAUAAUGAAAUAUACCAAUCUAAUCUAACUCCAAAAGUAGGAUGUUUCAGACGAGGGAUUUCCACAGUUUUUCAUUGGAUCACUUCUCUCUUUUUCUGGAAUAUCUUCAGCUUCUGCAGACUUUUCUAUUUUGGCAAACAUCCUCGAAACGUCUUUGUGGAUAUUGCAAUCCAGCAACGUAAAAACGACGAGACUGUGCCACUCGCGAUUUACGAAAAAAUGAAGAGAGAAUUGCGCGAGAAGGAAGAGAUAAUACGCACCCUAAAUCACAAGAUCGCUUACCUGGAAAGUUCAAUGAAGCUCAAAGAUUUGCGUAUCUCUAGUCUGACUGCGCAGAUUUUGCAGAACGCAGUCGAAACGAAUUGUCCGACUAUGAAAUUGCAACCUAACGACGGCGUUCAAAUAAAAUUACGUUCGCGAUCACACAAUUUUUACGAGACUAAAGCGAAUUAGAAAU